AUGGCGGCCAUGCGGUGUGGCCGUGCUGUGCCGUUCGGCAGGCGUGCGGUGGCCAUGACUGCCUUGUUUGCCUUGUUUGCGGCUGCUGCGUUCGCCAGGUGCUUUGCAUUCACCGGGCCCCGGCCUUUGCCAACGUCGGUUCUCCGGGUUCCCAAGGUGUCCUUGCGAGCAGUCGACACGGUCGACGUCGACGACGUAGAUGAGACGGAGGAGAAGUCGAGCUAUGCCUGGGACGAGGAGCCAUCGAAGGCCUGGUACGCUACACGCAGCAUCGACCGUCACAAGCUCCGUCAUCAAACCUGGGAUUGGCCUACUCGCGAGCUUCCUACCUCUUGGUGUAUGACAUUUUGCUCCAUCAUCUUCCUUGUCUCGCUCUUUGUGAACUUGCUGGAAGAGGGCAAUUACGGCUUCACCUUGGCCGAUCAGUUUGACGCGUCCGGCGACUUUGUGGUCGGCUUCUUUGAGGAGGAGCCAACGAAGACAGAGGGCACGAGCGUCCAGUGCCACGUGGUGAUGAAAGGAACAUUCCCAAGAUGCUGGAAGCGCGGCACGGAAUGGCACAGCUGCAACGACAGCACCUUCGUCCCGCCCGAGGUCAGACAGGCCUACGAUCAGCAAUCUGGGCAACAGCAGUCGUGGCAGGGCAAUUCUUGGCCUGCACAGAGCUCUGGUUCCCGGAGUCCUCGUGGCAAAGGACGGAAGAACUCCAAUCGAGGACGUCAUCAUGGAGGGGAGUAUUAUCAACAAAAGGGACACUAUGGAGGCAAAGGACAGGACUCACAAGUUGCUAUGCCACCGAUGAUGCCUAUGUUGAUGCCAUAUCCACAACAGAUGCUGCAAGCUUCUUUGCAACAACCAGUAGUGGACAAGGGCAUGGGGAAAGGUCUGCAAUCGCCUGGGGUAUUGGUGCCUCCACCGCCGCCGAUGCCUGCUGCUUCAGGUCUGACGGCUGCUACGAGUGUUCCUGCACCUUUGGCACCCAGUAUGCAAAUGAUGCCAUUUCCCAUGGCACCGGUGAGCCCCACAGUUCCCACGCCACAAGAAGAUCCUGUCAAAGAAGGACAAGCCCAACAGAAGUUGAGUCGACUUUUGAAGGAGCUAAAGAAGGAAGAGGACAAUCUGCCGUCGAAUCUCCAAUCGAUGGCACACGAAAUGAAGAAACAAGACGAAAAGAGCAACAUGCAGAGUCUUCACUCUGCAGUGAGGGCCUUAGGGAAGAGCAAGGACGACUUGCUGGAAGCAGAAAAUGCAAGAGCACAAUUGCUAUCCCAGUGGAAACACUUUCUGCAGCAAUCAGUGAUCAAGUGGAAAGAAUUCACUGCGAACUUCCAAGCUUCCGAUACAGCCCAUCAGGCCAGUGUGAGAGAUGCUCGCAUUGCGGUUCGCAAAGCCCAACGCAACUUCGACCUGGCAUCAAAGAAGGAGCAAGGAAGCAAAGGAGACGUGCAGCAGAUCUCAGACGAAGAGGACGAGACCGAAGUUGCCGAAGACAUGACAGUGGAUUCCAGAGAGGCUGUGCGUCUCCAAUGGAGUCAUUCCAUCCUCGCUGAAGAUGACUUUCUAUCAGUAUGGCAAGCACAGGUCCAUGCAUCGACGCUCGCAUCAUCUUUGGGUUUCGCUGAACAAGUCGUUGUCGAUGCUUUUGCUUUACCUUUGCGCCACAAAGCUUCAACUUAUCAUGUACGCUUUGACGAUGAGAUUGUGGUCUACAUCGGCGGGGAGAAUAAUUCCACCUUUGCUGAGAUCACGGUGCAUCAUGAAUCGCUCUCUCCAUGGCCGGGCAAGCCAUGGACUGUUCGAGCACUUUCAGCCCCAGGGCACUUGCAUGAACCUCAUGAGGAUGACUGGGUCAAUUUCAUGGCCAGAAGACCAUCACCUCGCUAUAGCAUCGAGGGUGACCGUUCGUCUUCCGGAUCAUCCUAUUCCACCUCUUCAUCGACCGAAAGAUCUAUGAGCAGUUCUGAGGAUUGGAGGCAAACUGUUUUGCUCUUUCUUGAUGGGAGGGUGUUACCGGCUAGAAUCCCAUGGAACAAUGGAGAUGAAUUGAUCCGCCAGAUUUCAAGUACGGCUGGCAUUGAUCGACAAGGCCUUAUUGGCGUCCAUUUUGUUCGCAAUCGCCCACGGGAUUUCAUUCAACACAAUCUCCAAUGUCUGCUUCUGCAAACGGUGAUAGAUCCAAGACCAUCCGGCUUCGUCCGUUUGAUUCUCAUUGACCUCGAGCUCUUCGAACCCAAUGAAGUGCUGCCUGGAACUUUUAAAAGAUUUUCCAAGUGGUUGCCUAUGACACUCAAUCGAGUAUCGGCUUUCAGACUUUUGGAUCUGGAGCAGCUUUUGAUCGAUCAUCCAGCAGCCUGCAGACUCUGGCACAACCAGAUCCCCAUACCUGAAGGACAACUCACGCCCAUGCACCUUGAGGUUGAACGACCAUCUCAGAUCGAAGAUUCAGAGAGCAAUAGCUUGUUCCAGCGUCAAAUCUCUGAGAUCCGGCAUGCCGACCACCUCGAGUUGAAAGACCCACGUGGUUUCAGGAAGUCUGGGAUCUUCUCUGCACUGCUGGAGAGACCGAAAUGGAAGAAGAAGGCGGGUGUAGAAGAUUUAUGCAUCCAACCCGGCUGCAGAAUUUUCAUUGGGAGCCAAGACUUGCCAGUUGAUGCAAACAUCCGCAUUUAUCAUGGUUUAGGCCUGCAAGUUCGCAUUCCGGUUGAACGUCUUGUUGAUGACCCACGCAGCACGGAGUUGAUUCGAGCAACCCCAGCAAGUGACAUGCAUGCCCCUUCGGACAGGGACGAAGACACGGAUGACUUGUUGCUUACCCUUCCGCAUCCAGGUAGGUCUUGGGAGCACAUGAUCCGCCGUUUGUGGAGCGAUCGCGUCCACCCAGGCUCCCGCUUGUUGAUUGAGCCAAUCAAGCCUCCUCCGAAUGAAGCAUCGUCAGCAGGGCAUUUCCUGCUCCAUCAGAAUGUAGGAAUGCCAUGGGGUCUUGCAACAUAUGAUGAAUUCAUCCAAGACCUGUUCGUCCUGUGGGAUGAGUUUGCCUUUGCGUGGGAAGAUCAAGAUCGAUCUUGUUCGGAUGGACAACAAGCAGGAGUAUACCCUGGUCUCAUCCCUGUUGACAUUCCCACUCAUGCUGCCAACCAUGUCGAAAUUCCUGACUUUGUGUUUGACAUUCUCAGAGAUUUGCAACCCAAUGGGAUCAGAGCCAAUGGAGAAAUCGUGGGACUGGUGAUCAGAGUUUGGUAUGUUCACCAUCGUUGGCGCCGACUCUCACGCAUUGCCAGAUAUCUGCAGUUAGCAGGACCACCAUCAUCAUGGCAAGCCCAAGUUAUCGCCCUCUGGAUUGACCGCCUUGUCCCAAUUGAAGCGAUCGCAAUUCAUGUCGUCAAGCCGCAGCCAUUCCGUACACAACAUGAGCAAAGCAUCGCCUUUGAUGUGAUUGUGUCUCAAGGUUUAUAUGAAUCACGCAUGGCAGGACUUGUGUCGGUCUAUCCAACGCCCAGUGAUCCAUCGUUGGCAUCGUACACUGUUGCAGUAUCCUGCCGACCGCGUUUCAGUGGGGAGUGGUUGAUUCAUGCGUUAGCCUUGGGACCAAUUUGUCAGGUGCAUAGGUGUCAGAUUUUUCAUGGAUGGACAGAAAUUCCCACUACUCCCAUUGUCACACAUGACAUGCAUGAAGGGGAUGGAUUUGCAUUCCACAUCUUCCGACAGAUGCCGAUUCCCCCGCAGACCUUGGACCCAACUGACCAAGCUCCAACGGACGUUGUGGCACAUGAUCAUGCUGUUGAUGAAUCACAGGGACCUGUUCUCCUCCAGUUGAACACACUUAUCAGGCCUGCAGAGUUGUCAUCCCCGGCAAGUGACAAUUUCAGCACAGUUUCGCAGCGGCCUGUCAAGCUGGAAGGGCUUGGACAGCUACGAACUCAACUUCCAUCCUACAUUUCAGUAGAUGAGACGCAGAUUAGAGAUGCCAUUAAGGAUGAGCUGCAGGCUUUUGGUCAUCUUUGCGACUUUGCACUUGCGGCCAACAACACACUUGCAGUGUGUUUUCCGGAUGGCUGGACUCCGGAACCGGAUCAGAUACUUAUCCUUUUCACUGACAUGCAACAAAAUGUUCCCAGUGAGGACUCUGCCUUCCUGACGAUGACGGAACAGGUUGAUUGGACUGAAAUACAGCUUAUGGCCCUUUUGCAUCGUCUUGGUGUUGAGAAAGGAGUCGUUCUGCGCACGAAGCCAUUCAACACCAAUUUCAUCGAGGUGCAAUUUGUACAGCCUACAGGGAUGAUGUCCAGCUUCCACGAUGCCUACUUGAUCUUCGUGUCACAACGGCCGACUUGCACUCCCUUCUCCAGCAUGACCAGCAAAGCUUGUGUACGAUCACGGAAGAUUUGCCCCUCCCGGAUGUUACUGUCGCUGCCAUCAGUGAAUUUGACGUCGAAUUGCAAGUUUGACCGCUUGAUCAUUUACAUGGAUGGUUCGUCGCAGUCGAAACACAAGCACGUUGCCCCGGCACUGAAUGAAGAACUUGAUCUGCCGGAUGCAUGGAGUUUCAUUGUGUUAGGAGAGACUUUCCAAGGUCAUGACGCUUCAGCUCUUUCUCUUGUGGGAUGGACAGCGCACCAAGUGAGGUACGAUCCUGAACACCCUUGGCACAUUGGCGCCAAACAUGUAGGAUCAGCCAUCGCCGAAUGUGAAGCGCUCACAUGGGCAAUGAUCUGGCGUUUAGGCCUCAACAGCAAGCUUCCCACGAUUUUUCGAAGUGACUCACUCCUAACAAUUGGACAGGCUGAAGGAUCUCUUGGAUCAGCAUGCUGUGAUUUGUCCUUUCAGACGCUUCGUGGUUGCUACCAAGCCCUAGAUGCUGCAUUAGGGACAGAUGUUGCACUCGAUCACGUCUUUGGGCACUUGGGAGACCCCUGGAAUGAAAUGGCAGAUGCUCUUGCCAAAGCUGAAGCGCGUAGCAGCUUCUUUUUAUCCAGGCCCAACAUUGACAUUCCCAAGAUUGUUUCAAAAUUCCCGUUUCUUUGGAUGAUUUUUGACGACAUGCAUGGCCUGCCAAAAUUUACAGGCACAGGUUUCGAUCUGUGCGCGCCAGCCCUUCCGCCAGAUUCGCCACCCUUGCGUGAUCAUGCUGAUUCGAUGCCCAGAAUGAAACGAGUUGAAUUGUGUCUCAGCAUUGCGACGGCAAAUGUCCUAUCACUAGGAGUUGCUGACCAAGGAUUCUCUGGCAAGUUGGACUAUCUGCGUGCCCAAUUUUGCGAUUUACGCCUAAACCUCCUUGGAAUCCAAGAGGCACGCUCUGCUGAAGGAAUGUCCCAAAAACAAGGAGUUUUGCGCCUUUGUUCAGGCAGUCAACAGGGCAAAUGGGGGGUGGAACUGUGGGCCAACCUCCAUCAACCAUAUGCGUACAUCAAAAAGGCGGGGCUUUGCUUCCACAAAAGCGAUUUUCACGUCACACAUCGAGAUGCACGCAGACUGCUGGUUCAUAUCAACACGGCACAUUUGCAAGUCUGGUGUUUUGUCGCGCAUGCGCCGCAAAGCGGCAUUGCCUUGAGUGAAAGACAGAUUUGGUGGCUCGACACCAGAGACAUCUUGCUCCGCUAUAUUGGCACAGGUGAACAGUUGUUCCUUUGCAUUGAUGCCAACGCCGCACCGGGUGUUCCUGAUGGCACUAGUGUCUUCCAAGAGGGAUUCCGUACGUCCAGUGGCACCAAAUUAUUUCGGGACUUUUUGGAUGAGUUUGAUCUCUGUUUGCCCAUCACCAGCAGUUUGCAUGAAUGCCCCACCACCACAUGGACUUCACCAGAUGAUGGGGAAUACACCAUUGAUUAUGUGGCCAUCCCACGAUCAUGGUUUGGCGCAUGUGUCACUUCAAAGGUGAUUUCUGAUUUUGAUUUGGCCAAUAUUCAGAUGGACCACACGGCUGUAGCCCUGGAACUCCGUUGGACACAGGACAAGCUCAUUCCAUCCAAAGGCCGACAGGACAGACCCACCUUUGACCGAACCUGUAUAGAUGCCACGGUUUCGUCCGAGCUCUGCAUUUCGGCGGACUGCCAUUGGAGCGACGAUGUGGAGCAGCAUGCAAACCGCAUAGCGGACCAUUUUCGACUCCAUUUGAGCAAGCGCUUUCCAUUGAAUCAACAACGUCCAAAGAAACCAUACAUUUCUGAGGACCUGUGGCAACUGCGAUCAAAGAAACUCUUCCUGCGCAACCAGCUGAGGACUGCUGAAGUAGCCUUGAACCGAUGGGUCACCUUCUUCGGCCAGAUGGAAGGAAGCUUUAUCCCACAAAGGGGGCAUCCUUCUACCGAUUCAAUCUGGAAAGGCAAGAACAACAAAGAGCAAUGUUCCGCGUUCAGAUCGAUUCUCUUGUCAUCCUGUUUUGGCAAAGUCAUGCACAAGGCCAUUCGUUCUAAGCAGCUGGAUCUCUACCAACACUUUCUCCAAGCGCAGCAAAUUGGCGGCAGACAAGGGGUUCCUGUCACCUUAGGGAGCCAUCAGGUCCGAGCCUUCCACCGCUUAUGCAGUCAAUUGAAACAGCCAUCGGCACUUUUGUUCAUUGACCUCCAGGAAGCAUUUUACCGGGUGAUCAGACCCUUAGUUGUCGAGGGCCCUAUUGAUGACGACCUCAUUGCGAAUAUGGCGGCACGCAUUGACCUUGAUGAUGGUUUCUUGCAUGACUUGCAUGCUGCUUUGCGCCAACCUAGCGCAUUGGUGGCAGCGGGUGUACCACCCCACUUGAGACGUGCCAUCCGUGCACUGCACACGGAUACGUAUUUCAAGUUACCCAUGCAGCCGGAUCAGGUUUUGACACACAUUGGUACGCGUCCGGGAGAUUCAUUUGCCGAUGUCAUCUUUGGUUACAUGAUGGCAAAAGUUCUCCACAAGUUCCAACAAGAUAUGGACGCACUGGGGCUCCUACUGCACAUCCCCCAAGAAGAGGCUUUUGGACUUGCCGAUUCCUCCGCACAAGCCGAGUUUCCAUUUGUAGGCCCUUGUUGGAUGGACGAUUUGUGCAUUUGCCUCACCGCCAAGUCAAACCUGACACUGGAACGAGCGCUAGGUACAGCCACUGGAGCCAUUUUGGAUACUUUUAAAAGCUUUGCCAUGACUCCUAAUCUGCAGCCAGGCAAAACUGCCAUUGUGAUCACACCCAAGGGUGCAGGGACGAAAUCUUGGAAACGGCGCUUGUUUGGACCGAAUUCAGACGGAAAUUUCUACAGUGUUGGAGAACACCACCCAUAUCGUGUACCACUUGUGACAGAGUACACGCACUUGGGGGGCAAGGUGCACUUCUCCAGCACAGUCAAAAGAGAGAUCAAGGUCAGGCUUGGACAAGCCCACCAGGAGUUCAACAAGAACCGAAAACUCCUCUAUCAGAACGUGAAUUUUGCCAUUGACAAAAGAAGAGAACUCUUUCAUAGUCUCAUUUUGAGUAGGCUCCUCUAUGGGGCUGAAACCUGGACCAUCCAGGAUCGCCAAACGAAAGAUUAUCUUCAUGGUGGCAUUAUAGGCUUGUACAAGCGACUCCUCAAGUGGCCGUGUGAUCAACCCAUAAGUGAUGAUGAAGUCCUCUUCCGCACGGGCAUGCCUUCUCCGUCUGAACUGCUGAGAGUGCGUAGAUUGAGAUACCUUGGCUCCUUGAUGGCGGUUGACCACACUGCAUGCUGGGGACUACUCAACCAAGACUUUGAGUGGAGUGGCAGACUGGUGCGCAGAGCGCUUGAGCAUGCAGUGGGAGUGCACAAAAGAGAAUUUCUCAUUGCAACGGCCCAUACUCGCUUCGUGAGCAUUUUGGAGGACUUUGACUUCAUCCAACGAGCCCAGGAAGCAGAACCGGCGCCUGCAGAUGAAGGACCCGUCUUUGGUUGCAUGUCCUGCCAGAUCUCUUGCCGGACGCUUGGGGGUGAAGGUGCGCAUAUGCAUCGAUCGCAUGGCAGUGUUCACCCAGUGCGCGCUCUGAUUGGCAGCACACAAUGUGGGGCCUGUCUCAAGGAGUACUUCACCAUGGGAAAAUUGAAAGCUCAUUUGAUACGAUCAGAUGUUUGCCGUACCACCUUGAUUGGCAGAGGACAUCGGGAACAGCCGCUUCCUGGCCUGGGGUCCAUCGAGGACACUCUACGCAAACAGUCAUGGGACAAUCGUCUUCCGCCACUACCAGCCGAAGGUCCACGACUUCCGGAUGUCCCACGACGUGAUUUCGAAGCAGAACAUGGAGGCCUCUAUGAGGACAUCAUCAUGGGGGUUAUGGACAUUGACAUCGCCGACUUCGAGACCUAUGUGCGGGAGUGCAUUUCUAGCAGACCUAUCUCCUGGACUUUGUGUCGUCGAACUUUGCAGGAAGUUCAUAAUCAAUGUCAACAAGGUAUCCCCGACAUGGAGCCUCAGCGUUUGAAUGACUUCUUGCAGAUCAUUGCUCGUUUGAUGAUCCCAUCCUCGUGGCCCUUUUUGCUUAAGCUCCGAAUGACGCCAGUGGCUACCAAUUGGGGCUUUGAGGAAAUCGAGCAGAAGCUUGCGGAUCUCCAGAUCCUGUCUUCCCAGCAAAGAGUUCCAAGACCGCUGGGUAAAGAAAGAGUUUUCCUUCAUGCCUUUUCAGGCAGACGGCGACCAGGAGAUUUACAGCACUACUUGGAAGCAGCAUUUGGCCGCAAUUCAGAAGGAGUGAUGCUUCAUGUGGUCUCAAUGGAUGUGGUCAUUGACGAGCACUGGGGCGAUGCCUGCAAUCAGGAGACGAGAGACUUCUGGCUAAGAGGGGCCCGUGAAGACUACGUGCAGGGAGGCCUCUGCGGCCCUCCUUGCGAGACGUGGAGUCAAGCACGAUUUGCGCAGCUGGAAGAUCUCGCGGGCAGACAACCGCGGCCGGUACGGUUUGAGUACGUGGACUUUGCACAGGGGCUCUUGGGAGCGAAGACUCCCAAACCCACACGCUUCCUCACCCUCAACAUGGACACACUGCCUCAAUUCAUCCACUCCCAUCGUCUUUGUGCUGAUCUGCCCAAGACAGCGGCAAUCGGGAAGGAUGCAACCGGCCAUUGGGCCACGACUGGCCUGAAAGAAUACCCACCUGCACUGAAUCGUGCACUGGGCGAAUCUUUUGCUUUUCAUCUCUUGCAACGUGAUCUUGCCGAAGAUGUUUCUGUUGAUCAAGCCUUUUUGAACCGUUGCCGACUCAUGCACGUGACUGAGUUUGGGAGUCACUACGGUCCCGACUACCAUCAGAAACGAGACAGCAAGAGAUGA